AUGCCUCAUUUUCCAAACGAGAUAGAAUAUUCAGAAAAAUACAAUGACGACGUGUAUGAAUAUAGGCACGUUCAUCUCCCAAAACAAACCUUCAAGAAAAUGCCGAGAGGAAGACUUUUGACUGAGAGCGAGUGGAGAGCUUUAGGGGUUCAGCAAAGCAGAGGUUGGGUUCACUAUGAAAUUCAUAGGCCAGAGCCCCAUGUUCUUUUGUUUAGAAGACCUAAAGGGACUGAUCCAUUGACUGGAUUGGCGCCAACAGCACAUCAAUCUCAAGCAUUUAUCAAGAAUAAUAAUUAA